AACAAACACUACCGAAGUCUGGGGUAUGGCCAGUCGGCCGACUCUGGAACCCGGGUAAUCCACGCGAAAGGGGGGUGUCUGGAGGUCCUCAGUCCUCUCUCGUGCCAUCAUGUCGUUCUCGCGCACAAAGUCCAACAGAGAGCACCACAGGGCUCUUCAGUCUUGCGCUGAAGGCGAGACUGUCAGCGGCGAAGGCAGCGAUGAGGGGUUCGACAUGGUCGAGUCUUCUCGCAAAGGCCUAGAUCUGUCGCAGUACAUCGAAGCGCUUACCCAAGCACAAACCCAAUCGCAAGAUGCUGACAAGACGAACAGCGGCAAAGAAGCUGUCGACCAGAAUACUGAUGACGACGAAGCGUUCGAAUCAGCUCCCAAGUCCCGCAAGCCGCAGGCCGUAGAGUCGGAGACCGACGACGAUGAACCUGAUGUAGAAUCUGAGUGGUCUGAAGAGGACACACGAGCCGCGUACGACAAUUGGAAGAACCGAAAGACCUUGAAACGAAAGCGCGCUGCAGCAGAAACAGUACGCAUCCGUCAGCAGAAGAAGUCCAAAACUGCCGCGGCGACGAGCAUCGUUGGCCGGAAGCCCUCGCCAAAGUCAAAGCAACACAACGCUCGCGACAUUGCUUUCAGGACCAACCCUGUAGCUGGAGAUGCCGACGAUGCAACCUACUUGGAUGACCCCAUCCCCGACUACAUCACCUCUCGGCAGAAGCACCUCAAGAAGUUGCACGAGGCUGGCCUGCGAUACCCACCAAUCUAUGAGGACAUCGACUUCUCGGACUCGGAGACCGAAGAGAAGCCUCAGCUCGACAAGGCCGUCAAGCCACAGCGAGGAAAGAAAGGGAUCAGAUUACGCGAGUCAAAAGGUUUCAUCCCAGCGUCAAUUGCACAAUGGCUGCGUGACUACCAGGUCGAGGGCGUCGAGUUCCUGCAUGAGCGCUUCAUCAGGCAGACUGGGGCUAUACUGGGUGAUGAUAUGGGCUUGGGGAAAACCAUCCAGGUCAUCGCGUUCCUUACAAUAGCUUUUGGCAAGACAGCAAAAAAGAGAGACGCGAAGUGCAUGCGAAAGAUCCGCCGCCAUGGUGAUGGCCGCUGGUACCCACGAGUGCUCAUUGUCUGUCCAGGCACACUGAUGCAGAACUGGGAAGACGAGCUCUCCAAGUGGGGGUGGUGGGAAGUGUACAGGUACCACGGCAAUGUCGCGGACCGCAAAGGUGUGCUAGGUGCCGCAAAGAAGGGCAUGUUGGAGAUCAUGAUCACAACCUACAACACCUACCGCAUGAGCGAGAGCGAAGUCAACACAAUCGACUGGGACUGUGUCAUUGCAGACGAGUGCCAUUCGAUCAAAAGCAAAUCUUCGGAGGUAACAAUCGCGAUGAACAAGAUCAACGCACUGUGUCGUAUCGGCCUCACAGGCACUGCUAUUCAGAACAAGUACGAAGAGCUCUGGAACCUUCUGAACUGGGCACGGCCUGGUGCGUAUGGAUCCGCGCAGGAGUGGAAACAGACGAUAAGCCUCCCGUUGAAGCUGGGUCAGGCUCACGAUGCGACCAACGCCCAACUUGCCGACUCGCGAAGCAGGGCUCAGGAGCUUGUCCACAACAUCCUACCUAGUGUGUUUCUUCGCAGAAUGAAGACGCUCAUUGCCGAUCAACUGCCGAAGAAGAGCGAUCGCGUCGUCUUCUGUCAGCUGACGGAAACCCAAGCAGACGCGUACCGCACAUUUCUCGAAAACGACAGAUGCGCGUUUAUCCGAACAGCGAAAGAGCCUUGCGACUGUCAAUCUGGCAAACCUAGAGGCUGGUGCUGCUACUCGGAGAUACCUGGGACAGACGACAAAUGGGCCAAGUUCAUGUUUCCUUGCAUGGUCACAUUGCAGAAACUUGCAAACCACGUCGCACUGAUCGUGCCCUCUUCAACAGAGACGAAAGACAAACAAGCGAAAGACCUACAGAACCUCGAAACAGCGUGUCCCGAUACCUUCCAAGAGCUCUGGCGCAACAGGGACGCCAUCCUCAACCAAUCCCAACGCGAAUUCUGCGGGAAAUGGAAAGUGCUCCGCCGUCUCCUCGACUUCUGGCACGCCAACGGCGACAAAGUCCUCAUCUUCUCACAUUCAGUCCGGCUUCUGCGCCUCCUGCGCGGCCUGUUCGACGUCGACGGCACAAAGUACAAUUUCUCGUACCUCGACGGCAGUAUGAAAUACGAGGAGCGCUCCAAAGCCGUCGCAGACUUCAACGCCGACCCGGAGCAAUUCGUCUUUCUGAUCAGCACGAAAGCCGGUGGUGUGGGACUCAACAUCACAUCAGCGAAUAAGGUUGUUGUGGUGGACCCGAACUGGAAUCCAGCGUACGACCUCCAGGCCCAAGACCGUGCAUACCGUAUCGGGCAGACGCGCGACGUCGAAGUCUUCCGUCUCGUGUCGAGCGGCACGAUCGAGGAAAUCGUGUACGCGCGGCAGAUCUACAAACAGCAACAAGCCAACAUCGGAUACAACGCGUCAGAAGAGCGGCGCUACUUCAAGGGCGUGAUGGACCAAGCGUCUAAGAAGGGUGAACUCUUUGGGCUGGAGAAUCUGUUUACGUUCCAGGAGAACAGUGUGUUGUUGAGAGAUAUCAUGCACAAGACGAACGUCGCUGAGAGCAGGGCGGGCGUGCAAGCUGUAGACUUCCAAUUCGACGAAACACAAUGUUCAUCCGACGACGACGAGCACAUGUUAUCCAGCAGAAACCUGGGUAUCGAUGACGACAACCUGGCCAACAUCAAGAAGCUUGCUGAAUCGCUCACCACACCUUCCAAUCCGGGCGAGUCGAAGACACGGGCGCGGAAGAAAUACCAAACCCCCCUCCGCGCAGACGCAAUAAACGCCAUCCUCGCAAAAGCAGGCGUUCAAUACACGCACGAAAACUCCGAAGUCAUCGGCCGCAGCGAAAUAGAAGCGCGGCUAGGUAGACAAGCAAUGGAAUUGCGCAACGAUAUCGACCUCUCACGGAAACGCGUUUUCCAAGCCUCUCAAUCACAAUCUCAAAAUCACUCCGAUGCACACUCCAAUACGCGCUCUCACCCUCUGGCUUUUCAAGAGGAGGAGGGGGAGGAGGAGGAGGAGUUGCGGGAGAUGGGAAGUGUAAGGAAGGGCGAGUUUAGGAUUAGUUACAGAUAUAGGCCCCAUGAGAGGGUGCGGAGGAGACAAUUCUGCGCUAUGGCAGAAAGCAUGGGUUUCGACGAACCCGUUGAAUUCGCAUUACUGGUGGAAAGCAGCACGCAAGCUGAACGGCGCAAGAUGCUUGAGCGCUUCUAUCGGGGACGGAGGAAGGAGAUCGCCAAGGAACUUGGACAACGGUACAAGUAAAGGGGGAUGGAGUUGGAGUAGGGGGGUGGCUAUGAUACCCUUUUCAGUUCGGAAGGCAUGAAUCAUGUAGAUUUGCUUCUUGCCCAAUUUUUUGACUUGGGAAGUGGGUGUUGGUUGCCGUCCGUGAAUCGUUUUUGGCGUGCCGUUACUUGAAUAUCGUCGAAAGGGAAUAUUGGCUUUUCGCCUGCUCUGUAUAGUUUUUGGCUUACAUGCCGUUCAUCUCUACAUCUCCGCAUUCGUCGUUCCUUAUCCGUGCUAUCCCUGUGCCCGGCACCAGCAUGGGCAUAGUUUCGUUGAGCCUGAUCCGAUGGAGUUUACGCUGUUGGUGUAGGGCAGAACGUAGAGUGAGAGGCGGGAAGAUGCUUGGGCGC